UUUCUCGUAGGCCCCUCUGGACGUGGUACAAGUCGAGACGACGUGUCGGGUAGUUUCCCACCCGAAUCCGUCGGCGUGGACAAGGCUGUUAAAGCCAGUACAGCCCAGCAAAUCUCGAUGGAGUGCAGAGGCGUCAGCCCAUCCAGCGGCGCUGGCUUACCGUUGAGACCCGACGAUCUGUUCCAACUUCGCGCAGGAGGUUCACCAUCGCCUGUGCGGACUUUCUGCUAUGGCAUGCUUUUCGGGAUCCUCAUGUCGACAUUCUUUCUGCUGGCAGUCCGUCCCUACGGACGAGCAGGUUGCAGGCUCGGCUGCCCGGCGACAUUGAUCGCAGGAUCACCUUCCGGAUGGCCAGGUCUCGGCCUCCGAUCACUUGGUUUGCCCUCAUUUAUGACUAAGCCACGAGGUCGGACGAUCUGGUUCUUCUGUAUUAUUGGGAUGCUGAUCAUCGGCUACGUUUUUGUCUGGUCUGAUCUGUCACACAAUACACCAAACAGUCAUUGA